GAGUUGUACUGCGCAUGAACGGAAGUAGAUGACGGGCGAAAGGGGAAAAGCGGAAGAGGGAGUCUGGAAAUCACAAACAUGAACAAGCUGAAAUCCUCGCAGAAGGAUAAAGUUCGCCAGUUCAUGAUUUUCACACAGUCGAACGAGAAAACAGCGCUGACUUGCUUGGCUCAGAAUGACUGGAAACUAGAGGUGGCCACAGACAACUUCUUCCAGAAUCCUGAACUUUACAUACACAAUCUGAAAGGACUGUUCGACAGGAAAAAGCUAGAGCAGCUCUACAAUCGGUACAGAGAUCCCCAUGAUGACAAUAAGAUCGGUAUAGACGGCAUUCAGCAGUUCUGUGAUGAUCUCGGUCUCGACCCAGCCAGUAUAAGCGUGCUCCUUAUAGCGUGGAAGUUUCGUGCCGCGACACAGUGCGAGUUCUCCAAGCAAGAAUUCAUGGACGGGAUGACCGAACAAGGAUGUGACAGCAUAGAGAAGCUUAAAGCACAAUUGCCCAAAAUGGAGCAGGAGUUAAAAGACCAAGGCAAAUUUAAAGACUUCUAUCAGUUUACUUUCAACUUUGCGAAGAAUCCCGGACAGAAAGGCUUGGAUUUAGAAAUGGCGAUUGCCUAUUGGAAUUUAGUAUUGGCAGGACGUUUCAAAUUCCUCGAACUGUGGAACAAAUUUUUAGUGGAGCACCAUAAAAGAUCCAUUCCCAAAGACACCUGGAACCUCUUGUUAGACUUCAGCACCAUGAUAACUGACGACAUGUCCAACUACGAUGAGGAAGGUAGUACACUGCGAGACUUUAAGCCACUGCAGGAGCGUGGCCAGUCCUCAUCGACGAUUUCGUCGAGUUCGCUCGGCCGUACAUCGGGACCAAAAGCACGGCCGUCUAGGGGACUUGAACACCUCCACCUUUAGGAGGACCGAACUGAGAUCUACAUUGCCUUUUCCGACCCUCAGGAUCAAGACGCUCGUGUACAGCAAAGACAUUUCAGAGAUGCGUCUCCUCUUCGUCAUCUAGCGGUGGUUUGGGCUUUGGUUGUUUGUUCCCCCCCAGUUUUUCAGUUUGGAUAUGUGUGCCACGUCUGUGUCGACUCAAUCUGGAUCAAGCUCUGGGACCUCAACAUGCUUUCUUUUUUUUUUUUUUUUUUUUUUUCUCCCCACCUUCACCUGGCAGGAGCAAAAUCACAACAGACACGCCAUCUUCAUCCUUAACCAGGGCAUGGUUGGAGAAUCUUUAAAACUUCGUCACUUAAAUCUUAAUUUUCCACUCCACAUUUGUUCCUACUUUGAAAUAUUUUUUAUUAGUAGUUUUUUUUUAUUUUUUAUAAAACAUUGGAAAUGCAGAGCUUUGAUUGUAUCCUUUUUUUAGGGGACAAACACAAGGAUCAGACAACCCUGUUUUGUUAGUUUUUAUUGUGAAGUUAUUGUAUAUUUUCUGUUGCUGUUUAAAGAAAAGAAAACGAUUUCACCUUGCUUGUUUGGUUUUGAUUAAACGUAAUAAGUAUACUCGGUAUGUUCGGCCAUCCUAAAAUAUUGGAGUGACCGUUUUACAUCACUUUGACUAAUUAAACAGUAAUUUAUUGUAGGACACGUUGUUUUUUUUAUUUUAUUUUAUUUAUUUAUUUAUUAUCAUUAUUCAUGUAAUUUAUUAUUAUUAUAAUUAUCAGUAUGUUCGUGAAGGUUUGUUGACAUUUUAUAAGUUCAUUCAGGGGAAGAAAUCAAACAGAGGAGGGCAGUGUUCAGUUUAAAGCUGCCACCCCCCCCCCCUUUUUCAUCAGUUUCAUGAUAUCUUAUUAUAUAACACAUUGAUUUCUAGAGUAACUUAAUCAAUAUUAGCAUUUGAAAAGUCUCUUGAAAGCAAGUCUCUUGCCUCUUGACUAUGCCUUAGAUCAGUGUUUCCCAAAGUGGCAUCAGAAAUCCGUCCAUCCAUCCAUCUUCUAUACCACUUUAUCCUUUUCAGGGUCACGGAGAAACCUGGAGCCUAUCCCAGGGAGCAUCGGGCACAAGGCGGGGAACACCCUGGCCCGGGUGCCAAUCCAUCGCAGGGCACGAUCACAUACACAUUCACACACCCAUUCAUACACUACGGACACUUUGGACAUGCCAAUCAGCCUACCAUGCAUGUCUUUGGACUGGGGAGGAAACUGGAAUACCCAGAGGAAACCCCCGCAGCCCCCCGACCCUGGAGGUGUGAGGCAAACAUGCUAACCACUAAGCCACCGUGCGCCCAGGCAUCAGGAAUGCUUAGACUUAUUAUUAUUCAGUUUUUGUAGAAAUUACAUGGUUUGAUUAAGCUUAUAAAUAAUGCCACUUGGACCAAAUGUGUGAGGUCAGUGGAACAAAGUUCAGGACCAAAGCUCUACAGUCCAAUUUAUUUUACCAAAAAGCCUAAUGUUUUUACAGUUAUUAUACACUAUAUGUAUUAUACAAAGGAUUAUGGACACCUGAUCAUAACACCCCAUGUCCUUGUUGAACAUCCCAUUCCAGAUUUCUUCCCCUCUCUUGUUACAAUAACCACCAAUUUUCUGUGAAGACUUUCCACUAGAUUUUGGAGCAUUUGUGUUCAUUCAGCCACAAGAGCAUUAGUGAGGUCUAGGUCAGGUGCUGAUGUUGAGCGAGGAGGCUCCAGUUCCAAUUCAUUCAACACAAAGGUGUUCGUUCAUUGGGAUUGAGGUCUGGGAUCUGUGCAGGACACUCGAGUUCUUCCACGCCAACCUUCUCAAACCUGGAACAGGUUUGGGCCUCUUAGUUCCAGAGAAGGGAAACUGUAAAAUGCUACAGCAUGCAAAAACAUCCUAGAUCAUUGUGGGGUCCAUGAAGUGUAGCUAGGUGGUCUGUUAUGUAAAAAAAAAAAAAAAAAAUUCUUACAGUGGUGGAAAUCACAUCCCAUAUUAUCAAAGUUAUUAUGUUUUUGGGGUCCAAGCACCAAAGUCACCUUAUUACAAAUGUGGAAAACUCGGGAACAGACAGCGCUAAUAGUAUUUGAAAAUGUUUAUGUAAUAAAUCCAUACUGAGGGAGUCUAUGGAAUUUGUUUUACAGUUAAAUGGGUCCUUGGCAACAAAAAAAAUUGAGAAUCACCUGUCCUAGACAACUUUGUCGCAACACAUAUUGUUGUGAUGGUCAGGUGUCCACAGAUGUACAGUGUAUUUAUAAUACCUGUACUGUACUGUAGUGUAAAGGUUAAAGACGUUGCCUAGCUUGGGAUCUUGUAGUGAUUGUGGGAUUUGUAGUCUUUUAUUAGACCGUGCUUUGACUACAAUUAGGAAAUAAAUACAUGUAUAAGCUAAAUAAAAAAAAAAUUGUUCAUAGAAAAAAAAAGUAUACAGGUGAGAAAGUAUGGAGUCAAUGCAACGUCCGGAAUGUGACUUCAAACCAUGAAACACUAGAAAUUCUUCAAAAAUGAACUUUAUGACUGAAAUUUACUAACAGACG